AUGGCCGGCUUCAUCACGCUCAACCAGAACCCGAUGCAGGGGCAAUCAGAAGCCCCCGUUGAGAUUCGGAUGCCGCCCGGCGGGCAACAGCUACCCCGCGUGAUCAACGCGAACCCUCGGCCCAUGGGAGCUCAGACAUUGGGUUGGCAGCGCCCUGCCAUGCCAACCCAACAGCAGCAUCAGCAGCAACAGCAACAGCAGCACAACAUGGACAAACCCCUUCCGCUGCAGCAGGACUACACCGUCAAGAUCUGCGACCUCCGGGAGGAGCGGCCGCUCACCGCGGCCGAGGCGCGCGAGGCGCUCUCGAAAUACUACAUUUACCGAUUUGAGAAGGCGGUUGACGACGAGAGCGCCUACGACAAUGGCAGCAGCGGCAAGAAGAAGACGACGUGGACUAGGGUGAAGCGCACUGAGGUGUUGGGCACGUCUAAGGAUGAGGCGGCGCGGCAAGUGCGCAAGCUCAACAAGCACACGCACACGCUGAGCGACAAGAAGGCGACGCUCAGCGGCGACCAGCAGAGGCAGGUCGAGUUGGUUCUCGAGGACCUCCAGCGCCGCUUCCACGACCCCCGAUACCAGAUCAAUCUGGUCCAGAUCGACCACCAGCUCAAGUCCAAGUCCAAGUCCAAGGACAAGGACAAGGACAGGGAGAGGGCCAAGGAAGGAGGGAGGGACAGGGCUAAGCUUGGGAAGACGCCCAAGUACGUCGCCGACAAGGGGUUCGUGUUCGUCCGAGACCGCAGGGGCGCAAGACAGGGCUCAUCGUCGUCGCCGAGGGACACGGCGCAGAAGCACGCCCCCGAGGAGGUCAGCCUCACGGCCUACUACAAGCAGACGCCCCGCCCCGAAGUCAACGCACUAGCCCUCCUCUUACAGCAAGGCGAGGCCGUCGCGCGAGGCCGCCUGCAGCCCCAGCCGGCUCUGCUCGACCCGGAGCAGCGAUUCCCUCCGCAGCCCAGCCAUCAUCCGGCCAGCCACCCAGCUGGGUACCCGGCUGUCCCUCCAGCGGGUUGGAACGGAGCACCUGGAAACAAAGGCGGCGGUCCGACACCGCAGCAGCAGCCGCAGCAGCAGCAGCAGCAGCCACCGCCGCCGUCGCAUGCCUUCCCUCCAAAGGGUCCAGCAGCUCCGCCAAGCCAAGACUCCCUCCCUCCAAAGCCUCCAGCAGCUCCGCCAAGCCGCCACUCCCUCCCUCCAAAGCCUCCAGCAGCUCCGCCAAGCCGCCACUCCCUCCCUCCAAAGGAGGAAAUGCAGAACACGGGAGUCCAGGCAGGCAAGAAUGGCAGCGGCAAAGGCAGCAACCGCGGGCCUUCGGCCAAGCCCCCGCGGCGGCAGCAGCGUCGGCCUUCGAGCUCGUCAGAAUCCUCAUGCUCUGUCUACUCGAUUGAUGACGAAUAUGACGACGACAUGUCGAUCGAGUCGGCCAACUCGAGCAGCUCGUCGUUCGGCGAAUUCGGCCCGGGAUCGGGCCAGGCCAAGAAGGCCAAGCACUUCACGAACACGGCGGCCAACUUCGGGAUCCAGCCCAAGAUGCCUCUGCACAGGCGCGGCCGGCACGAGGGCCAUGUCAUCACGGACGAGCUCCUGCCCACGGCGGCGGCAUUGCGCGGCGGCGGGGGAGGAGGAGCUGGUGUCGGGGGGCACGCAGCGGCGCUGCUGGAGGUCGACCUCGACGAGAUCAACAUGAUCACAACAAACGCGUACCACGCGGGGCGGGCCGACGAGCGGUCGGACCUGCGCGACAUGGCGGACCGCGUCGCCAUCGCCACGGCCAUGAAGUCUAAGCUGCCGGCUCCGGCGCCCAUGCCGGUGCCUAUACCUCCCCCAGCGGUGCAGCUGCAUCACCACAGCCGCAACCACCACCACCGCGCACUGCCGACACGCCUACCGCCGCGCAUCAUCCAGCGGCGGCCGAGCGUGCGCCGCGUGCGGCCCGGCGACGUGGCGCUGCAGCUCGAGAUCGAGAUGCUGGAGCGCGACAUGGAGCGGCAGCGGCUCGGACGGCACAACGAGUCCUACCACUACGACGACCAUGGCUAUGGUUACGACGACUACGACCGCGACCACGACAACGACCACGACCACGACCACAACUACGACCAUGACCACGACCACGACCACGAAGCAGAGGACGAUCUCGACAACAUCCAAGUCGACGUUGACGGCGGGUACUCGUACCUAGUGCAUCCGAACAGCACGAGCCGCCGACCGCAGCAGCAGCACGUGGCGUGGGAGGCGCCGCGGCCGUCCAGGCGCAGCGACCUCUGGGAAGACGUGGCCAUGGCGGGAGGGCGCGACCGCAGGGCGCUCAAUUUUAUGCUCAGAAAGGAGUCAAACACGACCCAGACGGCCGUGCCCCGAGACUUUAGCCCGCGGCUGGCGCCGGCGCUAGCGGGCCCCCACCUGGGCAGGCGGAGAGCGAGUAUCGCUGUCCCACACUCGCCUGGAGGAUUCCGGGCGGGCCAUGACGAUUUCCAAGGACCGCCGUAUCCGUAUGAAUAA